AUGACAACCCUGUGGGUGUGGACACACAGGCGCAGUACGCAGGCCGUGUGCAGACUGUCCAUCCUGACAAUUAGUGAUUUAAAAAAGACUGAUUCAGCAGAGCAUCGAUUCACAUUCCAAAGUAAUAGCUUGAACUGGGGGACAGAUUUACAUGGAACAACUCUGACCGUCACAGCUCUCCAAGUGCAGGUGAUAAGAACUUCAGUCAGCCAGAACACAACAUAUGCAGAGCUGAAAUGUCACAGCAGCUGCACUCCAGCUGCCAGUGAUGGUUACAUCUGGUUCAGGAAUGGACAGAGAGUUGACCAUGGAAAAUAUACUUACAAAGGAUCAAUUUAUCCUGCAGACAAUAUCUCCUGUGCAUUCUCCCACCAUGAGGAACAUAGAGCUCCAGAAGUGUAUGCUCCAGUGUCUCCUUCUGUGUCAGCUGAACCCUCUGGUGACAUAUUUGAGGGAAACCAUGUAACUCUAAAGUGCAGCAGUAAAGCUAAUCCACCCGCUAACAACACGUGGUACAAGAAGACUAAAUCAUCGACUCUUCAACCUCUCAGUGGGGACUCACGUUUUUCCCUGAGAUCCAUCCAGUCGUCUGACUCUGGGGAAUACUGCUGUGUAGCCAGAAACCAGCUGGGGGAAAGCCACUCAAUAUUCCUUAAUGUUGAUGUGAAAUAUGCUCCGAAACGUGCAGAGGUGUCACUGAGUACCACAGAUGUGGUGGAGGGUAUUUCACUAAGUCUGACCUGCAGAGGUGAUGGUAACCCAGCACCUUUUUACACUUGGUACAGAGACAACCAAACGAUGCUUCAAGGACAAGGAGGUGUGUAUCAAUUUCCUUCUGUCAGGUCUGAGGACAGCGGGACCUACCAUUGCAAGGCUGAGAACAAAUAUGGACCGGUCAACUCCACAUCUGUCCAUAUAAACGUGGAGUAUUCUCCAAGGCUUCCCUCUGUGUCUGUGGAUCCUCCUGGUGAGGUAGCAGUGGGCAGUUCAGUGAACCUGAGGUGCAGCAGUGUUGCUAACCCAGCAGCUACUUAUACCUGGUAUAAAGAAGACAUGACUUCACCAGCAGCAGAUGGACACGUCUUUACCAUUGUAGACAUCAGACAUGAACAUGCUGGAAAUUAUUACUGUCAAGCCAGAAAUAGCAGGGGACACAUUAACUCUAUUCCACAUCUGAUUGUGGUUUCAAUCUGGGGUGUGCUGUCUCAGUGA